ACACUGCAAAGGCAGAGCCAGAAGCAGCGAAGACUAAGGAAAGUGACUUCAGUACUUCUUUUUAUUUUCUAAGAGGAACUCGGACCAAAUGAAUAGCCUUCUGACACUACAGUUGUUGCUUUUGAGUGGAGUAAUUCUGCUGAUGGGAGGAAACACAUCAGGUAGUUCUUCAAGUUCUUGGCAACACUGCAAAGAAGUAUCAAGAAAUCUCAAUGUUCUUGCAUUGAACUUGCCUACUUUGGAUAAACUGUACAUUCGUGCCAAAAACAAUUAUAUCCCCAGAAUUACAAGAGAUGACAGAUGUAGUCCGAGUGCACUAAGGAAUAACAAAGAGAAAUGCUUGAAAAAGAUAUUGCUCAUCCUGCAGUUCUACAAAAAUUUGCUUGGUGCGAAGAAUCUCCUAAAAGGCUUUGACAACAGCCAUCUGUCCCAUGUCAAAACAGCAAAAGAGAUCAUGGAGAAACUUGGCCAACACAUACAGAAACAUGGCAUUCAAACUGACAAUCUGCAGAGUUUUAUGGACAACUUCAAUAUGGAAUACUCAUGGGAAUGGACAUACUUUCCUAACAUAACAGUGAGAAACCUUCAGUCCUUCUCUGCCAUGGUGGCCCGUGUCUUCACCCCAGGUGAUCCCUCUAUGCAUGACCUAGAAUGACAUAAACAACACACUCUAUACUGGACUUUUUUAUGAAACAAAGAUGCAGCUGAGAGUGAAGUAUCUCAUUAAAUUAUAACAUGGCAGCUACUGAUGUCUGUAAACUAAAAGAUAACAGUUUCUAAUUAUUAUUAUUAUUUUUACUAGUAUUAUUUAAUAUUUAUUUUUUACUAGGUUUAUAAAAAGUAAAAACAGAAGAAACAAAAUAAGGCAUAAUUAAGUCUGAUGUUGUGUGUUCACAGGCUCCACCUUUCAGUUUAGACAUUUAUAGUCAAUCUUCAGAUGGCAGAGAAAAAAGAUAGUUAUUCAACCAAUAAUAGGCAGAAAGUCAAUGGGUUAGAUUUACUGUGAUGGAUUACAUUUUGACUGCAUUCCUUUGUUGUCAGAAUUUGUACUCUCAGUGAUACAAAGAAAUAGCUCCUUCUCAACUUUACACAAGAAAUGUGGGAACAUGUGAAGCCCUGAUUACUGUUGUUGAAGUUGUAUUUCUCUACUACUUCAUGAAUAGAAGAAGAAUGUUUAAACUGUUACAUGAAUACUCUUACAUUCUAAAAAUGAAACAGUACAAAUGACAUUUUAUUCACACUCAUGAAAACUGCAGUACAUAACAGCCCCACAUCAUAAGGACAUAAGAUGUGUGGGAAGAUAAGGCUAAUUGGCCUAGAGGGUCUCAUGAUCUCAUGUAAAGGGAAAAAAACUGCAGAUCCUUGUCCAUCAACAAAAAAACUUCCUUUUGCACCCAACGUUUUACGUUUCACUAUUAUUAUUAAUUCUGUAAUAUACUCAGAAAGGCCUCCCCUUAAAAGAAUUGUUAGGCAUGAAGAAAGGAAACAGUCAAUGUAAUAAAGCCACACCGAAUUUUAAUACACACUAACACAUAAGCGCUUUAACAGAAUCACCACGUUUUUGUCUACACAAGUACAUUGUAAGCCAUAUGUCUUACUGUGUUUCAAUUUAUAUUUAUUAAUAUGAUGCAGCUCUGGGCGGCAUGGCUCUGUUCCCAUAGAAAAGAGUAAUAACUUUAAAAAUGAUUGCUAAAAAUGCUAUAAGAAAUAUUUGAACUUAUGGUUUCUGUGAAUACUAGAAAAUAUUAAGGAUGA